ACUGGUUAUGAUUUGGCAGAGUUUGAGAUGAAUCGAUUGUGAGAGAGAGAGAGAGAUGGGGAACAAGAUAGCGCGGACGACGCAGGUGUCGGCGUCGGAGUAUUACCUGCACGACCUGCCGUCUUCGUAUAACCUAGUGCUGAAAGAGGUUCUAGGUCGCGGACGCUUCUUCAAGUCGAUUCAGUGCAAGCACGACGAGGGUUUGGUCCUCGUCAAGGUCUAUUUCAAGCGCGGCGACUCCAUCGAUCUCCGCGACUACGAGCGCCGUCUCUUCCACAUCAAGGAGACCUUCCGCGCCCUCGAUCACCCUCACGUCUGGCCCUUCCAGUUCUGGCAAGAGACCGAUAAAGCGGCUUAUCUUGUGCGGCAGUACUUGUUCAACAACCUCCAUGAUCGAUUGAGCACCCGCCCCUUUCUCAGUCUCAUCGAGAAGAAAUGGCUGGCUUUCCAGUUGCUUCUGGCACUGAAACAGUGCCAUGACAAAGGAAUAUGUCACGGUGAUAUCAAGUGUGAGAAUGUGCUGGUCACUUCUUGGAACUGGCUCUAUCUUGCCGACUUUGCAUCCUUCAAACCCACCUACAUCCCCUACGACGACCCUUCUGAUUUCUCUUUUUUCUAUGACACUGGUGGAAGAAGGCUUUGUUAUCUUGCUCCCGAGAGAUUUUAUGAGCAUGGAGGUGAGAUGCAAGUUGCACAAGAUGCACCAUUAAGACCAUCCAUGGAUAUAUUUGCUGUAGGGUGUGUGAUUGCUGAGCUUUUCCUCGAGGGUCAGCCCCUAUUUGAACUCUCUCAACUUCUCGCUUAUCGUAGAGGGCAAUACGAUCCUAGUCAACUUCUUGAAAAGAUACCAGAUUUUGGAAUCCGCAAAAUGAUACUUCAUAUGAUUCAGUUGGAACCGGAGUUACGACUUGCUGCUGAUAGCUACCUGCAGGAGUAUACAACUAUUGUGUUUCCGAGUUACUUCUCUCCGUUUCUGCAUAACUUUCAUUGUUUCUGGAAUCCGCUUCAUUGUGAUAUGAGGAUUGCACUUUGCCAGAGUGUUUUUCCUGAGAUACUGAAACAAAUGAUGAGCAAUAGGUCAACUCAGGACACUAGCACCGGACUUGGAACUCCUUCAAACAUCCAUGCUGUUAACAGUAAAUCUUCUCAGGACACGAAGAACAACACUGGUUCUGCAUUCUCCCAAAAUCUUGGAAACUAUGGCAUGCAAUCUCCUGGUGAAUUACUUCAGACAAUCUCUCGUGCAUUUAGGAGAAAUGAUCAUCACUUUCUAAAAAAGAUUACAAUGAAUGAUUUGAAUUCAUUGAUGUCUAAGUAUGACAGCCAAUCAGAUACCUUUGGCAUGCCCUUUUUACCAUUACCUGAAGAUAGUUUGAGAUGUGAGGGCAUGGUUCUGAUUACCUCUCUGCUAUGUUCUUGCAUACGCAAUGUCAAAUUGCCUCAUUUAAGGAGGAGGGCGAUACUUUUGCUGAAGUCAUCUGCAUUGUAUAUUGAUGAUGAUAACCGGCUGCAGCGUGUAAUUCCUUAUGUUGUUGCAAUGCUUUCAGAUCAAGCUGCAAUUGUGCGUUGUGCAGCCUUGGAGACGUUAUGUGACAUUCUCCCUUUAGUUCGAGAUUUUCCUCCUAGUGAUGCAAAAAUUUUUCCUGAGUAUAUUCUGCCAAUGCUUUCCAUGCUUCCUGAUGAUUCAGAGGAAAGUGUAAGGAUAUGUUAUGCCAGUAAUAUAGCUAAGCUGGCACUAACUGCUUAUGGUUUCUUAGUUCACUCAAUAACCUUGAGUGAGGCUGGUGUGCUUGAUGAAGUAAGUUCUAAGAACCAACUGGCAUCAUCUAGUGAGGCAUCUGGUCAGCUCCACAAGUUAAACGGUGAUGCACAGCUUGCCCAGUUGAGAAAGUCCAUAGCUGAAGUCAUUCAGGAGCUUGUUAUGGGUCCUAGGCAAACUCCCAAUAUCAGGAGAGCACUCCUUCAGGAUAUUAGCAAUCUAUGCUGCUUCUUUGGCCAGAGGCAGAGUAAUGACUUUUUGUUACCGAUUCUCCCUGCUUUUCUGAAUGAUCGAGAUGAGCAGCUAAGAGCAGUAUUCUAUGGCCAAAUUGUGUAUGUGUGUUUCUUUGUAGGUCAAAGAAGUGUGGAAGAAUAUCUUUUACCUUAUAUUGAGCAGGCUGUAAGUGAUUCUACAGAGGCCGUUAUUGUCAAUGCAUUGGACUGUUUGGCCAUUUUGUGCAGAAGCGGUUACUUGCGGAAGAGGAUACUCCUGGAAAUGAUUGAGCGGGCAUUUCCAUUACUAUGUUAUCCUAGUCAGUGGGUAAGAAGGUCAGCUGUCAGUUUUAUUGCAGCCAGCAGUGAGUGCUUGGGUGCAGUAGAUUCAUAUGUAUUCCUUGCUCCCGUUAUUCGCCCCCUUCUUCGUAGACAGCCAGCAUCUCUAGCUUCUGAGAAGGCUCUCUUUUCAUGUUUGAAGCCUCCUGUCUCGAGACAGGUAUUUUACCAAGUUCUAGAAAAUGCAAGGAGUUCUGACAUGUUGGAAAGACAGAGAAAAAUAUGGUACAAUUCUCGGCCUCAAUCUAAACAAUGGGAAAAUGUGGAUUUACUUCAUAAAGGGAUUGCAGAAUUGAAUUCGAUGAGGAGCUGGACAGAUGACCAAGAAAAUCCCGAGGGUCAAAAACGUGCUGGAAAUGAAUUGCAACAGGGGAAGCUAACUGAAUGUGAUGAUGGUGUGGCUAAGUUUGGAUGUAUGGGAAGCUUUACGCACAAGGCUUCGAGCACAGUUGACAUUCACGAUCCCUUAUCCUCUGAAAAGUUGCAGUACUCGGGCUUUAUGUGGCCACAGGGAAGUACUGUGAAUAGCUUCAUGUGUGAUAAAUCAUCAGUAGGGAUACCUCUGUACUCCUUUAGCAUGGACAGGCAAGCAGUGGGAGUUACUUCUGCUUCAUCUGAUUCUCCAUUACAAGUGAGUUCUGUAGGAGUUGGUGCGUCAUCUAUGCCAUGGAUGGAUCCAGUAAAUAAAUCUUUUAGUUUAGCUAGUACUGUUCCAGCACCCAAACUGGUGUCAGGAUCAUUCAACAUCGGCAGUGGUUCUAAACAAUUUUAUCGAGUAGUCCAUGAACCAGAUGGUAGGGAUAAUGACCAAACAGCCUUUGUCAAUAGCAAGUUUCAAGAUAUGGGGUUAACUAGUGCUACAAAAGCAAGUUCUAUUACUGUGGAAGAUGCAUCCUCUACAAGUGAUCUAACGGGACUGCCCUCUUCUGCAAGAGCUUCAUCAAUUCCAGAUUCUGGUUGGAGGCCUCGUGGAGUUUUGGUUGCGCACUUGCAAGAGCAUCGGUCUGCUGUCAAUGACAUAGCUAUUUCAACUGAUCAUAGCUUCUUUGUGAGUGCAUCUGAUGAUUCCACUGUCAAGGUCUGGGAUUCGAGAAAGUUGGAGAAGGACAUCUCAUUUAGGUCAAGAUUGACUUAUCAUCUGGAGGGAAGCCGUGCACUAUGCUCUGCAAUGCUUCGGGGCUGUGCUCAAGUUGUAGUUGGGGCAUGUGAUGGCAUGAUACAUAUGUUUUCUGUUGAUUACAUUUCCAGAGGUCUUGGUAAUGUAGUUGAGAAGUACUCAGGGGUUGCUGAUAUCAAGAAGAAAGACACAAAAGAAGGGGCAAUACUUAGCCUUUUGAAUUUCUCAGCUGACAACUGUGCAAAUCAAAUGGUUAUGUACAGCACCCAAAAUUGUGGGAUCCAUCUUUGGGAUAUAAGAACGAAUUCAGAUUCAUGGACACUGAAAGCAACUCCGGAAGAGGGCUAUGUGUCUUCCCUAGUAACAGGGCCUUGUGAAAAUUGGUUUGUAUCAGGAUCUUCAAGGGGUGUGCUCACUCUUUGGGAUAUGAGGUUCCUUGUUCCUGUGAACUCAUGGCAGUAUUCUGCUGUUUGCCCCAUAGAGAAGAUGUGUCUUUUCCUUCCUCCUCCAAAUGCUUCUGUAUCUGCUGCUGCAAGGCCCCUUGUUUAUGUAGCUGCAGGCUGCAACGAAGUUUCUCUUUGGAAUGCAGAAAAUGGCACCUGCCAUCAGGUGUUGAGGGUUGCCAGUUACGAAAGUGACACUGAAAUGUCUGAGGUGCCUUGGGCCUUGUCCAGAUCAUCAGCUAAAAAUUCUAAAGCGGAUAUGAGACGGAAUGUUAAUCCUCAUUACAGAGUUGAUGAACUGAAUGAACCACCUCCUCGGAUUCCUGGCAUCCGUUCAUUGCUUCCCUUACCUGGGGGUGAUUUGUUAACCGGGGGAACUGACUUGAAGAUACGUCGAUGGGAUCAUUACAGCCCCGAACGAAGUUACUGUAUUUGUGGGCCAAACUUGAAGGGUGUGGGAAAUGAUGAUUUCUAUGGAAUACGAUCUAGCUUUGGUGUGCAAGUUGUGCAGGAGACGAAAAGACGGCCUCUAACAACAAAGUUGACAGCCAAGGCAGUUCUUGCAGCUGCUGCCACUGAUACUGCUGGCAGCCAUCGUGAUUCAAUCCUUUCAUUGGCCUCUGUUAAGUUGAACCACAGACACUUAAUAUCAAGCAGUAGAGACGGGGCAAUCAAGGUCUGGAAGUGAGCCAACAGAAUCAGAGACACUUCGCAGCAAUGCCCGUCAAGUUCGUAUAUUGUAGUUAGCGUAUGACAAAACUUUGACAGUCAACAGGUAUUGGCUGUCCCCUGGUAGAUAUAUUAUGGCUUAUACCCAUACUUGGAUUUAGAGUUUGUAACAUAUAGUAGAUAGGAACUUGUAUCACCCCACUGUACAUGUCUCGCUUGAUACAGUCGCAAUUGAUAAAUGCAGAAUGGUUAAAAAUCUAAAAUUGUG